ACUGACCAAUGCUUUAAUUAUCCAGUGUGCAGAUUUAUUUUUUAUUGAUGCUUAAGAUCAUUCAGAUUUGACUCAAUUCCCACUGCAAUGCAUUUUAGACAGUUGAUUGAAUAUAAUGUCAACAUUCAAGAAACAAAAAUACAACCACAGGAUUUCAUGAAAUAUGGCUUUGGGGCGUAGUGUUUGUAUGUUUGGUGGCCUGUUCUGCAGUAUGAAAUUCCUCCACAGUAAAAACGUGAACAUUCAUAGUCUUCAUCAGUAGUGUGGGGAUUGGUAGGUUGCAGAACUCUGGCGGCUACUGCCCCAGUGAUGAGGUUAUAUAUGGCAAAGCUACUAUUUUUGGGAUAGGCAGAUUCAUGGCAGAUGGCACAUGGAAAUCUAGUGCAUGAUGCAUAUCAGAUGUGAUCACAGCUGUCCAAAACUGAUUCAGCACAGGCUGCGUGUAAACAGAUAGUUGUAAACCGCCUUCAUGAAAUAUUGCAUAUGAUCAUUGUGCUGCCAACACAGAGAGGCGGAGCGUCGUCCUGUCACGUUUCGCACAGCGGCUCUGCCCUGCCCACUCCCCCAGCACAUGGGAUGGUUGGGCGGAUCGUCAACUCGGACAGCCGCUCCGCCUCCAAGGCGUUGUGGAAGAAAGGAUCACCCACAAUCGGGAGGUUGCACUAAAAGGCGAUAAACAAGCAUCAAUGUAUGUAUUUUAUAGACCGCUGAGAAAGAAAAGUGCGACCGUGCCAGCUGAGCUUCUGUGAGGCGGGAUUUUGGGGCUGGGACUGUGUAAAUGCGUCGCCCCGUUAUGCGCUCAGGAGCAACGUCAAAGAAAUCAGAUUCCUCUGGGCGACUUGUGUUUACACAGGAGCCAUCCAAAGCCACGUUUUAGCAAGCAAGCCUGGCUGGGACAGUACAGUACAGGACUGUUGAGCGUUUGACUCACUGCCCAUGCAAACAGUGGAGGAACAGAGCAAGGGAGAAAACUACAAAUACACAACCAUAUAAGUAAAUUGACUUGAAAUCCUUGAGGGGAAACAGUCCAUCGUGGAGAGAAUCUGGAGAGGUUUGGAUAACAUGGAGUGUUGUAGCUGAUCCACAGGGCGAGCACAUGUUGUGCACGUAGCUAAUUGCUUCGUUGUAUGAACUUUCACUGUGGAUGUGGACAUGGAAACUGUUGCAAACUAACCACAACUACGCACGACCUUGGUUGCAAGGAAUGGUACAUCGGUACUGUUUUUUGAAGUAGUCUUUAGUCCCGCAAAAGCUGUCAACGAGCCUCGGCCGAAAGUCUGCUGGGUCGACAUGGAGAGUCAGGAUGAGAAGGAGAACAACCCGCCGAAGUCGGACAGGAGGUUCGCGCUGACUUACAUCGGCUGGUCCUCGCUGGACAGGCGGACCACCCUGCCCAUGCUGCCGUGGCUGGUGGCUGAGAUCCGCAGGAGGAGCGAGAAAGGCGACUGCGGCCCCGCGGUGCAGCCGAGGGAAGUUCAGCUGGUCCUCAACCCCCACUUCGUCCGAUGUGUCCCCUCCAGCAGCAACAACUCUUCAGUUUUCAUAUUCGAGCACAAAGCACAGCUCAUCUCUCGCUUCAUUCACAACAGCAAUGACCUCACCUAUUUUGCCUAUCUCCUGCGGGGUCAGCCUGACAACCCCGAGUCCGAGAUGUCCUGUCACGUCUUCAAGGCCUGCGACCCCAACCAGGUCCCUGAGGUGAUCAGCAGCAUUCGCCAAGUGUCCAAAUCCGCCCUAAAGGAAGAUGCCAGGCCCAAACAGGAAGCUGACGAGGCCUUCUACAACUCCCAGAAGUUUGAAGUGCUUUACUGUGGCAAGGUGACGGUCGGGCACAAGAAGGCUCCAUCCACCCUCAUUGAUGAUUGCAUCGAUAAGUUUCGUCAGCAUGAGGUGGAGCGCAAGCGCCUGCGCCUGCUGAACGGGCAGCGAGGGUCCACGGAGAACGCCCCUGUAGAGUUCCUCAUCGGGGAAGAAGCAGACCCACUCUCCUCUGUUCUGAGUGAGAGGAUGGAAGACCCAGAAGUUCCUGGAGUGGAGGACGUGACCAGAGGUGGAGGUAAAAGCCUCUCCAAUAGCGCCAGUCAGAGCAGCCUGCGAGGAGCGUUCCCCGAGUGCAUCCUGGAGGACUCUGGAUUUGAGGAGCCUCAGGAAUUUCGCACGCGCUGCAGCAGCCUGGCAGGGAGUCUGCAGAAGAAGCCAGGGGAGGGCGUCAUCAAGGGCCCCACACGCCGCAGACAUGCCAGCGCACCAAACCACGUUCAGCCGUCUGAUGCAGACAAGAACCGCACCAUGCUCUUCCAGGUGGGGCGUUUUGAAAUAAACCUCAUAAGUCCAGACAGUAAAACAGUGGUGCUGGAGAAGAACUUCAAAGAUAUCUCAUCCUGCUGUCAGGGCAUCAAGCAGACCGACCAUUUUGGUUUCAUCUGUCGGGACCAAUCGGAGCCUGGUCCCAGUCAGUAUUGUUGCUAUGUGUUCCAGUGUGCCAGUGAGUCCCUGGUAGAUGAGGUGAUGCUGACGCUGAAGCAGGCCUUCACUACAGCAGCAGCCUUACAAAGCAAUAAAACCCAGGUCCAGCUGUGUGAAGCCUGCCCAAUGCAUGACCUGCACAAGCUCUGCGAGCGGAUUGAAGGUCUCUAUCCACCCAGAGCGAAGCUAGCCAUCCAAAAAUAUCUCUCCCAGCUGACUGACAAUGAGCAGGCGGAGAUUUUUGAGCGAGUUCAGAAGCUGAAAUCCGAGUCAGACCAAGAGGAGAAUGAGCUGGUGAUUCUCCAUCUGAGACACCUUUGUGAAACCAAACAAAAGUCCCACCUUCACAUUGGAGAAGCCCCUCAGAAUGCAGCAAACAGCUCGGCAGCAGCAGACGGCGCCGCCACCAGCAGUCGCUUCAAACUUGAUAUUCUCAAGAAUAAAGCACGCACCUCCCUCACCAGCUCACUAGAGAACAUCUUUGCAAGGGGUGCCAGCCGAAUGCGGGGCCGCCUGGGAAGCAUGGGAAGCAUUGGCAGUUUUGAAAGACAGGAUGAGGAAUCCCCUGGUCACUCCCCUCCGGGUUCCCCUCCCGCUUUCCCCGAUGACGACCCGGAAGGCGGCCUGCAGUUCCGUCGGCGUGCCCACACCUUCAGCCAUCCACCUGUGAAGAAACGCAUCUCCUUCGAGGGUCAGCCGGCCAGCAUCAGCAAACAGGCGCCGCUGCGCAGACAGCAGUCUGUUAACCCAGAGCUUCUGCAGAGCAGUCCCGUGGCGGUCUUGAGAAAGCGCAGCGUUUCGGAGAGCGAGUCCUCCUUCAGCCUCCCCUCCUCCUUCUCCACUCCCACUUUCCUGAAAAGCUUUUACCAGGGCUCCCUGGGCUCCCUGGGCUCCCUGGCAGACAGUGGGAGUCUCAAGAGCAAUGGGGAAGGCAGGAAGAGGACCCUGUCUGGGUGCAGCAGUGACUCAGUGAGUGGAGGUCUCCCUCCGACCCCACGCAGGGUCUCCUGGAGACAGAAGAUCUUCCUGAGAGUCGCUUCGCCGAUGAAUAAGCCAUCCGCAUCCAUGCAGCACCCAGAUCACUCUGAUGCAAGGGAGCUGCUGCCUCUCUCUCCUCGCUCCUCGGACUCAAGUCUGGACCCUUUCGGGCAUCUGCUGUCGCCGACGGGUGACCCCCUGUCUGGGGGGAGGCCUAAGAAGAAGGGGGCUGACUACCGGUCUCUAUGGAAGACUGCCAUCCACCAGCAGAUCCUGCUGCUGCGCAUGGAGAAGGAGAACCAGAGGCUGGAGGCGAGCAGAGAUGAGCUGCACAUCCGCAAGAUGAAGCUCAACUACCAGGAAGUGGGCCAGUGCUCCAAAGACGCACAGGCAUUGUGGGAGAGAAAACUGACUGCCCCAGGCAGAACAACAGUCCCACAAGACAAGGAGGAGAUGUACCGCGCACUCUGCCAAGGUGUUCCCAAGAGCAGGCGCGGGGAGGUCUGGUUGCUCCUUUCCCAUCAGCACCGGCUGCGUCAAAGGCUGCCCCAGCGCCAGCAUGCCCCGGACACCCCCUACCAUGACCUGCUGAAGCAGCUCACCGCACAGCAGCACGCCAUUCUGGUGGAUCUAGGCCGGACCUUCCCCACCCACCAGUACUUCUCAGCCCAGCUGGGUGCAGGGCAGCUUUCCCUUUACAACCUCCUCAAAGCCUACUCUCUGCUGGAUACAGAGGUUGGCUACUGCCAGGGUAUCAGCUUCGUGGCUGGAGUGCUGCUCCUGCACAUGAGCGAGGAACAGGCCUUUGACAUGCUGAAGUACCUGAUGUAUGACCUCGGCAUCAGGCGGCAGUACAGACCUGACAUGGUGUCUUUGCAGGUUCAGAUGUACCAGCUCUCCAGACUGUUACACGACUACCACCGCGAGUUGUACAAUCACUUCGAGGAGCACGAGAUCUGCCCGAGCCUCUACGCAGCGCCGUGGUUCCUCACCCUCUUCGCCUCGCAGUUCCCUCUCGGCUUCGUGUCUCGCAUCUUUGAUUUUGUAUUUGCCCAGGGGACGGAAGUGAUCUUUAAAGUGGCCCUCUGUCUGCUGAGCAGCCAUGAGGGGGAGAUAGUGGAGUGUGACAGCUUUGAGAGCAUUGUGGACUAUCUGAAAACUACACUUCCCACUCUCACUCAGACACAAAUGGAGCAGACCAUUGCCAAGGUAAUGGAGAUGGACAUCUCCAAGCAGCUGCAUGCCUAUGAGGUGGAGUACCACGUCCUUCAGGAUGAGAUGUUGGAUGCCGGACCGUUGCCUGACGACUCGGACCGGCUCGACAGACUAGAGAAGACAAACGUGCAGUUGAAGAAACAGAACAUGGACCUGCUGGAAAAACUUCAGGCUGCACGGCAGAAGAUUCAGACGCUGGAGACGAGCGUGGAGAACUUCCUUUCUCGGGAGAGCAAAAUGAAGCACAUGAUUCGCUCUCUGGAGCAGGAGAGGGCAGCUUACCAGAAGACCAUUGAACGCAUGCGCUCGUGCCUUCCCCCUGACACCCUGACAGAUGUGGAGAUGACCCAGAUCAAAACAGGACCCAACGGGAAAGCCAAAACUGCAGCCAAGAAGCCCUGAUGGCAACCGGGGGGGGGGGGCUGGCUGCUCAGGGCGGACGCACAGACAGAGACUGAAGUGAACAAAUGGAGACUGCUUUAGUGGAAGGCUGCUGAGCUCCACAGCUAUUGUUGUUGUACUGCUGCACAAGAGCAGCAGCGCUUUGUAAAUGUGUGAUGUCUGGACUUGAGAUGUGCAGACUGUAUGGGAAGUAUCUACGUGGUAUUUGUCAGCAGAUAACAGAGUGGUGGGAGGAUGGUUUCAGUUACAUUAGCAAACAGACUGCUCCAUCCGUGGAUCAGAGCUGCUGUUCUGUCUCAUCUGUGUCACUGCCAGUUUGAAGGUGAGAUCAAGACGCACAGCAUCCUUCCCUGUUCAGAAAUCUUAGCAAUCACAGGCAUAUUUUCUAGAUUGACACAAGUGAGAAACGUGUCUGCCUGUGCAAAUGUUUUUGAGCACUGCCUUGAUGUAUUUACUACCAGUCUCAGUAGCUCCACAAAAAGCAGUGAACAGAAGGUGCCUGCUGGCAAACAAUCCUUUGGACCUCAGGUUCAACGUAUAGCCAUUACCAGUGUGCAUAAUCCUGGAGUUGAGACCCCAUUGUUUUUGUUGCUUUUGAACUCGUGUCUGUGAUGGAAACGCUGCCUCAGGCUAAUCACAUUGCUUUGUUAUUUCCUUUUAUUCACUUGAAAUGUUUGUGAAUGUAAUUUCCCUCCAAAGAUCAUCGAGAUAAUAUUCUGUUUUUCACCACAGAGGCACGUGGGCGCACGUCUGCCGUAUUAGGCUUUGACUAUCAGGGGAUGUAUACUAUCUAUCUUGUUGCUCAUCACUCGGCACAACACCACUGCCUUUCACGUGAGAGAUCUGUAGCGCUUGCACUUGCUGCUUUUAAGGAGGAAGUGUUUCUUCCAAAGCUCAGGCAGGAUGUGAGGUUGUCUGCCUUCUCAGUUUCCUGUGUGACUGACCGCGGUGUCGCCCCUGUUUUUAGCACCACGUUCAGACACUUGAGGUAGAGUUCACAGAGGAAGGUGGAGGAACGAUGUGAAUGUACCACACAUGCCUCUGUUUGAAAAAGUCAGUAUGACUCUUUGUUUUUUUGUCAGCCCAAGGUUAUGACAGAAGAAGGAGCGUCUCUUACAGCAGUGUUGCAUGGCUCAAGGUUUCAAGACAACACAUAUCAGCAGUUGCAUUGUUGUUGGUCACAUGUGCAAUUCUGUACAGUUUGCAGUGAAAAUCAAGGGUUUAGGUGAGUAGAGAGACUGCAAAGGAAAUGAGAAUGUAAAGACAUUUCCAGUUUCCUUUUGAGCUACUCAGUGUAUGUACACACACACACACAUACACACAAGCUGUGCAGUGAACUGGCUGAGUGCAUAGGCAGACAGUUCACAUGAAUUCAAAGAGUGUCCCUGGCUCUCUCCUCGUUUUUGUUUUAUCCCACCUCCGUGUCUGACUCACCGUUGCCAGUUCUGAUUGAAAGCAAAACAGUCCUGGGCUUUCAUAAAACACUUCAACAUUUAAACCAAGGUGAUGUCUGUCAAGACAGAAAUCACUUACUCACAGUGUCUGUCGGUCUUCCUGUCCUUGGUGACAAGUUGUGGUGACACAUUCAUGUCUAUUUCAGUGUAAAGCUUUUAUUCUCAGACCUAAGUCCUUUGGCAUGCAGUACGAUAUGUUUAUGUUUAGCAGUCCUGCAUGUUUGCAUAUACCCAGAGCACUCGCCUACUUUUGCUACAGUUACAGGAGCUAAUUCACACAAAGUUUGAUAGGUUGAUAUAUCCGUCCUGACGUUCCCUGUCAGGGUGAAAUGUUCUUGUGGUAAUUGAGGUGACGUUGAAAAAGUUUGCACCAAACUCCUCAUAAAUAAUAGAGAAAUGGUCGCCUCUGAACAGCAGGGAUUCUCUCGACAGUUCAGCAAGUGAAACAUAUCAAAUAACUCAUCUUGAAAUCUGUUGAAGGAUAUGUAGGAUACAGUGCUGCUGACAGCUUUCCUGCCUCUUUGCCCGUAUUUUGCUUAUUUAGUGUAUUUGUGCAGCAUAGAAAUUGACCGUGGAACCAAAGAUGUGGUUGUUUUUCUCAAAAAUGAAUGAAUUCACCCAAAAUGCUGUGAUGUUUGUUAAAUGUGAUAACCUUUUUGUCACUACACCUGCUCAGCAUUCUUAAGGUUUGUACUAAGAUAAAAGCUUGAAAAGAUACCAAAUAUUGGCGGUAAAAACUUGACACUAAAGAAAAAGACCAUUGGCCGACUUGUUUACUCAUCAUUACACACUGUUUAUUUCCUCUCAGCUUAUUAAGUAGUGCCAAACAUUAUGAUGGCCUUUAUUCUCUAUUAAUCGGAGAUAGACCGUUUUGUCGAUAUCUAAUGUAAAGCAUUUGGUCGUAGUCAGUGAAGGGUCUUCAUUUUACAUCAGGUGCUUUGAGUCCUGACUACUAAAUAGAGCUUGUAUCACUGUGUUUUAAGAAACUGUCAACAUGAGGGCUACACAAAGGAACUGUCAUGAAUUCUUCAAUAAACCUCACCAUGCCUUGUU